AUGCACUUCACCCGUCGCGCAGUUUCUCCAAGAGCGUCAUUUGUGUUCGAUCCACGAGUUAAUUCUAUUAACUCUCAUCUAUCAAGACGUCCAAGAAUAUCAGAGUGUCCGGAGGAAGAAGAAGAAGAAGGAGGAGAGGAAAUCUUCGUGUUUGGAAGUGAAGAGAUGAGACAGACCAUUCUAGAAGAUAUACCAGCUAUUAUUCUGGAAGAGGAAGAAGAGGAUAAUGACAGUAUGGGUUAG